AUGAAUUGGAUGAAUUUUGUUAUAUUGACGACCACUGUCGAACAGGUGAUCAAUCAGUAUCUCAAUUAUAGACAGUUACAAAAACUAAAGAUUAAGACGAUACCAUCAACUCUUGAAGCAUACAACAUCACCACUCCUGAACAAUUUGCAAAGUCACAACAAUAUGGAUAUGAUAAAUUUUCUGCUACCAAUUUCUUGAGCAAUUUUGGAUAUUCAAAUGAAAUCUUAAUAUCAAUUGUAUUCCUUACUGAAUAUAUAUUGUUCUCAACACUUCUCGAGAUACCAUUUUCUUUGUAUUACUCAUUCGUAUUGGAAGAAAAGCAUGGUUUCAACAAGAUUAGUUUAAAGCUAUUCAUUAAAGAUAAGAUUAUAGGUGUACUUUUGAUUGUUGUAAUUGGAGGUCCAUUGGUAUCUGCUUUGAUCUACAUCGUAAAAUGGACAGGACCUUUGUUUUGGUUCUACUCUUGGUUGCUGAUAGCAGCAUUCUCAUUUGUAAUGAUCACAAUCUACCCAGUACUCAUUGCACCACUCUUUAACAAAUAUUCACCGGUCGAAGGUGAACUUCGUGAUUCAAUCUACGAGUUGGCGAAAAAAGUAGAUUUCCCAGCAACUCAACUCUACGUUGUAGAUAACUCAAAGAGAAGUUCUCAUAUGAAUGCUUAUUUCUAUGGAUUCUUUAAGAACAAGAGAAUCGUACUUUACGAUACACUCAUCAAAGAACUCAGUCAAGAAGAGAUUCUUGCUGUAUUGUGUCAUGAGUUUGGACAUUACAAGAUGAAUCAUACCCUUCGUCUCAUCGUUAUUCAACAAAUCUAUCUCAUUGUAUUCUUUUACAUCUUUGGUUUGUUUGUUAACGAUAUUCAACUUUUUAAUGAUUUCGGUUUCCAAAAUACAUAUACAUUCGUUGGAUUAUUGUUAUUCUCGCAAAUCUAUUCACCAUUGGACCAGAUCUUUUCGUUUAUUUCAAAUGUCUUUUCUAGAGCAUAUGAAUAUCAAGCCGAUGACUAUGCACUUGGAAUGGGAUACGAUUUAACUGAUGGUUUGGUAAAGUUGAAUAUUAAAGAUAGCGCAUCCCUUAUCAUCGAUCCAUGGUACUCAACCUAUCAUCACACUCAUCCAACACUAUUAGAGAGAUUAAAGAAUAUAAAAUCAAAAUUAUCAACCUCAAAGAAGACUCAAUAA